UAAAAACACACACACACACACACACACACACACACAUAAUUUCACACGCAAACACGCCCGCAUACUACAUCACCACAUGUGUGUAUAUAUCGCCAUGUAGGUGUUUUCAUGUAAUGUAUACUGUAUAUAAUGCGUCUGACAAAAAACGGUGACCGUUACUCAAUGCCUGCGUUACUGAAACCAGUAGGACUUGUCACCACGACCACCAUGACCACGGACAGUGCUAUUGACGUUACGUCGAUGUCUAAGUCAACGUCAACGCUAAAACCAACGUCUGCUACGGCGACGGCAGCCAUUACGACGUUCGGACGUAACGCUGCCACCACCACUAACAUCACCAACAACACUACCACAAACACCUCUACAGUCACCGACGUCACCGCUCAACCGUUGGAUUUACUUACGUCAUCGGCGUUACUAGCGACGCCGCGUUUGACGUCAACGUCGACGUUCGAACAAAUGAUCUGUUCGUCUGGUAAACGUCGCAAAGAAGCGCACCCCGACGAUGUGUCGUGGAGCAGGCUCGAACCCGCUCCGUUUCCCGUAGACAACACAGCUGGCAAUUGUGUCGCUGUCAGUUCUUAUACAGCCGGUGUUCGAAAGUGCAACUGUGAUGCUUACACGGCCAGAUGCAGUAGCACGAGCGGUGAGAGAACGUGUAGGGUAGGCAUUAGGCAUUGUAUGGGGGUCAGCUGUUGUUCGAGCGGGAUGGAUUUUCCGCGUGACAGUAGCGGAGGUGGUGGUAAGAGUAUUUAUGUAAGCGGUGUUAGCAACACAGACAGUGAUACUAUUUAUACGGGCAGUGUUAGCAACAAUACAGAUAGCAGUGUACACAGGACAAGUAGCGUCGACGUUAGCAACAGUGGAGGCAGCAGUAUUUAUAUGGGCAGCAUUAGCAGCACUACUACAGCUACUGACAGUGAUAUUUAUACGGGCAGCGUCGGGUUUGAUAGUAAAGAAGAUAUUUAUACUGACAGAGAGAACAGUCGCCAUGUACAGCACAGUGUGUACGACGACUGUUUGUCAAAUCGCAAACCACUCUAUCAACAUUAUAAAACAAACACCUUUGUUCGCCACACAGAUCAAAGUGCAAUCACACAACAACACCAACAGUACAAGUGCCGGCAAAGUGAAGUGCCUAAACCACACAGACAAAACACACACACGCAUCAUGCUAGGGCAUUGUUGAAAACUUCCUACAGCAUGAACACGCUUCCCACAUUAUCUAUUUUCUGCCUGUUGCUGUUAAACCUGGCCGGAUCAACUUACGCAAGUAUAUGCCCCAAAGUCUGUUUUUGCCAGGCCGCAAUGAACCACGUAGGUUGUUCUAAAAAGAACUUCACCGAAAUCCCCGAUCUUAUACCAAGUGAUACAAAACAGUUAAGUUUGAACGGGAAUUUAUUUUCCAACAAGGUUUUGGUUCGGAAAAAUUUCUCGCGCCUUUCCAACCUUGAAGAUUUAUUCCUCAAUGAAUGUGGUAUCGAAGUGAUAACGCUGGACACAUUUGCAGAUCUGAGGCAUUUAUGCAUGCUGGAUUUAAGCAACAACAAGUUACGUUUUAUCGAGGACUAUACAUUUAGAGGACUGUCUUUAAAUCAUUUACUUUUAAACAGUAAUCCAGGGAUCCAGUUCGCACCAAAAGCCUUCACGGGGUUCAGAACAAUUGGUCUCCAUCUCAAGAAAUGUGGUUUACAUAAUUUGUCACUUGAGGAAAUACGACCGCUAAACGGGACGGUAAAUAUCAUUUGGUUAAACAAUAAUAAUUUUAGGUAUCUUUCAGAGGAAUGGUACUAUUUGCUCAAGAAUUUCGAGCAUGUUCGACUGGAAGAUAAUCCAAUGCACUGCAACUGUGAGUUAGCUUGGCUCUAUCGAAUGUUUAUUAAUAAUUCCAACCUCUUCCCUAAGGACAAACUCAUGUCGUGCGCAUCACCGAGGCGUCUGAAUUCAAAGACUUUUGACAUGUUAACUCUCGACGAUUUCCAGUGUCAGCUACCGAUAUUCGAAGGGGUUGAUGUUUUAGUCGGUCCUCAUGUGGGGAAACUCAGCUGUAGAGCAAGAGCGGACCCGUCGCCAACGUUGUACUGGCACAAACCCGGUGGCCUGACCGAAACUUUCCAUCCUUCGAAAGACCGUGCGGUAAAAAUCAACAGAGCUGUGCUUUACAUACACAAUCAUCACAGCAGCAUUAGUUCUCAUUAUCGGUGUGUGGCCAACAACCCAGCUGGGAAUGUAACCUUCAACCUACAAGUAACGUGGCCCCAGAGAGAGUCUGAAAACAAAAUCUAUAUAACCACACUUCCUACUGAAAGCAGCUUACCGAAAUCCCACAGCAGAAGUUCCAACCAAACUAUGAACAUGGGUGAUUUAACCGUCGAUGUUUUGUUUACAUUGAUGGAGCUGAUAGGGGCCGUUAUCGGAACAUUCCUACUCACGUUCCUGCUUUGUCUUUUGAUUUUCCAUUUCUUCGGAAGGCAACCACGUCCGAUGGGUCCACAAGAAAAAGAACAUUCAGAAAAACGUCGAACCCCGGAGAAUCAUUACGUUAUGGCCGAUAUCGAUGAGAGUUCAAUAAAAAUGAUGGAACACAAGGACUUAGUUAGUUAAUGGUGGCAUCGAUUUAAAAGAAAAAAAAGUAACAAAAACCAAACCAAAACAAAAAGAA